AUGGCCUCUGUCCUUUGGCAAAUCUGGAAAGCGCGUAAUGGUUUUAUAUUUCGUCGACAGCGUUUGGACGCGAUGCAAGUUGUCGAUGAGGCCCUCACCACCGCUAGAGUUGCUUGUUUAUCCCAGUGCAGAUCAUCGGGAACAGGAACAAGAGCAGCAAUAGGACAGCUACAAAUUAACCUUGGCGAACUGUGGAGACCCCCAGAUCCAGGCUGCAUUAAGGUGAAUAUAGAUGGAGCUUUUCAAUCUAACAGCAAAACAGGGACUAUGGCGUGUAUUUGCAGGGAUCAAAAUGGGAUGUUGGUCGACGGACUCACCAGAGAUUUCGACGCCUCGACAGCUUUGCAAGCGGAGUUCAUGGCUCUUACCAUCACUCUUUACCAUCUGCUAGACACUGGAAGACAACGAGAUCCACCGAUCAUCAAGUCGACAGCCUCAUUUUAG